CAUGGCCGGUAAGCCCCGCAGCGGCUGCGAGGCGCUCCGGGUGGUGGCCCGGUGCCGGCCCAUGAGCCGGCGGGAGGAGGCGGCGGGAUACGAGCGCGUCCUGGAGCUGGACGUGAAGCUGGGCCAGGUGAGCAUCCGCAACCCCCGCGCCGCCCCCGGGGAGCUGCCCAAGACCUUCACCUUCGACGCCGUGUACGACGCCAGCUCCAAGCAGGCCGAUCUGUACGACGAGACGGUGCGGCCGCUCAUCGACUCGGUGCUGCAGGGCUUCAACGGCACCGUCUUCGCCUACGGCCAGACCGGCACCGGCAAGACCUACACCAUGCAGGGCGCCUGGGCCGAGCCCGAGAAGCGCGGCAUCAUCCCCAGCGCCUUCGAGCACAUCUUCACGCACAUCUCCCGCUCCCAGAACCAGCAGUACCUGGUGAGGGCCUCGUACCUGGAGAUCUACCAGGAGGAGAUCAGGGACCUCCUCGCCAAGGACCAGAGCAAGAAGCUGGAGCUGAAGGAGAACCCCGAGACGGGGGUGUACAUCAAGGACCUCUCCUCCUUCGUGACCAAGAACGUCAAGGAGAUCGAGCACGUGAUGAACCUGGGGAGCCAGACGCGCUCGGUGGGCAGCACCAACAUGAACGAGCACAGCUCCCGCUCCCACGCCAUCUUCCUCAUCACCAUCGAGUGCAGCGAGACGGGGCCGGACGGCGAGGAGCACAUCCGCGUGGGCAAGCUCAACCUGGUGGACCUGGCCGGCAGCGAGCGCCAGAGCAAAAUGGGGGCCCACGGGGAGCGCCCCAAGGAAGCCUCCAAGAUCAACCUCUCCCUCUCCGCCCUGGGCAACGUCAUCUCCGCGCUCGUGGACGGCAGGAGCACGCACAUCCCCUACCGGGACUCCAAGCUGACCCGCCUGCUGCAGGACUCCCUCGGGGGCAACGCCAAGACAAUCAUGGUGGCCACCUUGGGCCCGGCCUCCCACAGCUACGACGAGAGCCUCUCCACCCUCAGGUUCGCCAACAGGGCCAAGAACAUCAAGAACAAGCCCCGGGUGAACGAGGACCCCAAGGACACCUUGCUGCGGGAGUUCCAGGAGGAGAUCGUGCGGCUGAAGGCCCAGCUGGAGAAACGCGGGAUGCUGGGCAAGAAGAGGAGAAGGAGCAGCCGGAGGAAGAAGGCGACGGACGGAGAAGGCACCGUGGAGAACGAAGGGGAGGACGACAACGAGGAGGGCCUGGAGAAGAACAUGGAGAACUACUUGAAGGAGCAGAAGGAGAGGCUGGAAGAGGAGAAGGCCGCUAUCCAGGAUGACCACAGCCUGGUGAGCGAGGAGAAGCAGAAGCUGCUCCAGGAGAAGGAGAAGAUGAUCGAGGACCUGCGGAAGGAGCAGGAGGCCACGGAGCUGCUGGCCAUCAAGUACAAGGCGAUGGAGAGCAAGCUGCUCAUCGGGGGCAGGACCAUCGUGGACCACACCAACGAGCAGCAGAAGAUGCUGGAGCUGCGGCGGCAGGAGAUCGCGGAGCAGAAACGCCGGGAGCGGGAGAUGCAGCAGGAGGUGCUGCUGCGGGACGAGGAGACCAUGGAGCUGCGGGAGACCUUCACCUCCCUGCAGCAGGAGGUGGAGAUCAAAACCAAGAAGCUGAAGAAGCUCUAUGCCAAGCUGCAGGCCGUGAAGGCCGAGAUCCAGGACCAGCACGAUGAGUACAUCCGAGUGCGCCAGGACCUGGAGGAGGCCCAGAAUGAGCAGACGAGGGAGCUGAAGCUCAAGUACUUGAUCAUCGAGAACUUCAUCCCUCCUGAGGAGAAGAACAAGAUCAUGAACCGCCUCUACUUCGACGGCGAUGAGGACCAGUGGAAGUUCCAGCCGCUGGUGCCCACUGGAGGGAACAGCUCCCAGAUGAAGAGGCGCCCGACCUCUGCCGUGGGCUACAAGAGACCCAUCAGCCAGUACGCCCGGGUGGCCAUGGCCAUGAGAUCCCACCCCCGCUUCCGGGCCGAGAACAUCAUGUUCCUGGAGCUGGACCUCUCCCCCCCGGCCAUCUUCGAGUUCGAGCGGAGCGGGGACGGGGCGGAGCAGGACCCGCGGGCGCUGCACCUGGAGCGGCUGAUGCGCCUGGACAGCCUCCUGGAGCGGCCGGCGGCCUCCCGCCUGCGCAAGUCCCGCUCCUGGUGCCAGACGCCGCGGUCGCUGCCCUCCUCCACCACCCACGUGUCCCUCACCUCCGGCGCCGCCUGUGCCGCCGCGAUGCCAGCUCAGAUGCCAGCUCAGAUGCCAGCUCAGAUGCCAGCUCAGGAGUGACAUCCCGGAGCCCCGGUCCGGACUGAGCCCCAGGGGGCCGAGGGAGGGCCCCGCUCGUCCUUGUCUGCAGCUGCUUUGUGUGCGUGUGUUUGUGAGACACGAAGGACCUGCCCUUCCCUCCCCCCCUCCCUCCCUCCCUCCCUCCCCAUGCCCCUCCCCGGCCCGGAUCUGUCACUUUAUUUAUUUAACCUAUUUAUUUAUGGAGUGGUUGGUGGCGGAGGCAGGAGACGCGCUCGGACUGUUGGACGUGCAGGGCUGGCCCUGGGCACUCUGCUGACCCCCGGGUUUGCCCAGCUCCCAGCCCUGCCCACGCUGCCCAGCACAGGGCUGGGCAUGGCCAGGACACGCUCACCAGCCAGGAGGGGCACGGGACCCUCUCCAGGGGCUUUAGCAGGAGCUGGUGCUGCCUUUGCUGUGCUGGAUCCCAGGGAAAUUCGGAGAUUCCUACGCGGGUUUGGAGACUCGGUGGUGGCAGCGCCUUGUCAGAGUCCCCCAGUGGGACUCCCCAGCCUGACACUGGUGGCAGCAGGGACAUCUCACGGGCACGGGCACGGCUGUCACUCCAGGAGCACCAGCUCCAUCCACAGGGAUCACGGAGUCACCAAAGUCAACCAAAGCCAAGGGCUUUGUCCACCUGUGCCACGCUCUGGAGACACUCUGGAGACAGCCCCGGCCCGUCACGGUGCCUGACACCAUCUCCCGUCCCUGGGGUGGGACUCCUGACUGCAACAACAAGAGGUGGAACUUUGCAGCCCCUUCCAUCCGCCCAUCCCAAAGGCAGGCAGCGUGGGGAGCGGCGCUGCCUCUGGAAAACAGAGCUGUGGGAGGAGAGAGGCUCCAUCCUGCAGCUGAAGGCAGUGGAGAAACGUGGGACAAGGUGGUGAUGCCCAGGGGAGGGAGGUCAUCGCUCCCCUCCGGGCUGGGCAGUGCCACAGGGAGGUCACUUCUGAGCUGGGGGAGAUUUCCAAGCUGGGGGGGGAGGGAUGGGUGUGAAAUGUGGGGUGUGGGGAGGGGGGUCUGCUGGGGCUGUGAAUCCCAUCCCGGCUGCCACACGCACUCGGUGUCCCUGGGGGAUGCGGCUUCCGGAGGGAGGGAAGGUGGGACCUUGGUGAAGCCCCUUCCUGGCAGUGCCAGGCCAGCAGCUGUGCUUUCCCUGGCAUGGGGGGGGGGGUGAGGAGGUCUGUUUGUGUGGCACGAUUCUCAUGGAUAAGGGAGCGAUCCCCGGCUCACCUGGGAGGGUGUGGAUUGGCAAAGGGCCGGGCACAGGGAGUCCCCGGGCACAGGGAGUCCCCGGGAGGGCAGGUUGGAGAACAUUGCAGGGAGGAAAUGUCUCCUGGAAACAAAGAGAAUUCCUUCACAGGAUGGUUGAGAUUGGAAGGGACCCCUGGAGCUCAUCCAGCCCCCCGGAGCACGUUACCCAGGAUUGUGUCUGGCUUUGGAGUAUCCCCAGGGAGGGAGAGUCCAGAAGCUCCCUGGGCAGCCUGUUCUGUUCUCCCACUGUUGGACUGGUCACUGCUCACCCCGAUGGGCCUGGACAUGGGACGGGGUGAGGGAGCAAGGCACAGGCUUGGAGCAGGAACACCAGGAGCAGGAACAGCAGGAGCAGGAACAGCAGGAGCAGGAGAACCAGCUGUGCUGAGCUCGGAGCUGGGCAGGUCCCCCCAGCCGUGUCCCGUCGGUGCAGCCGGGCCGGGGGAAUCCUCCUGCUCUCACCCCUGCUCUGGCACGGGGUGUCUUCUCCUCAUCCCCUCUAACAUUGUCCUGCCUCAAGCUCUCGAUCGUUGCCCUCUGGCUCCACCUUCCCCUCUCCACCUGUCCCCCAUAGCACCUUCUGCCCCUCCAAAACCUUCGUCCCUUCUCCCCCCUCCCAGCACCUGGCUGGGAAUCCAGCUGGGAGCUGUAGGUGCUCCCAGAGCUGAGCUCCCUCCCUCCUGAGCUCAGCCUGGGGAGGAGGGUGCAGGGGAAGGUGUUUGAGGAGUGAGAGGUGGGUCCCUUCCACGGCGUGGGGUGGGUCUGUGUGCACGGGGACCCCCAGCAGCCAGGGGUGUCCGUGGGCAUCCCCCACAGCAAGCUGGCCCCGUGAAACCAUCCCCAUCCCUGCAAGUGUCCAAGGCCAGGUUGGACGGGGCUUGGGGCAACCUGGGCUAGUGGGAGGUGUCCCUGCCCAUGGCAGGGGGUGGCACUGGGUGAGCUUUAGGGUCCCUUCCCACCCAAACCGGUCUGGGAUUCCAUGAUCCCGUAGAACACGGUGGAUGGGAGAGGUGGAGCUCUUUGUUUAGUUUCCAGGAAAGCGUCUGGGAGUCGGGGUCGGGAAGCACAACCUCAGAACGGGGACAAGCUGGGGGGGGGGGGGGGGGGGCUGUGGGAAUAGAUUUUCCUCCCUUCCUUGUUUUCCACUGGCCCCAGUUCACCUUGGGCGGAUCAGCAGCUCGUGGAGCCCCGAGGGGUUGAACUGGUGACCGUCUCUGUGGCUCGGGGGUGGGACACAGCGCUGACGGUGCCCUCGCCCCCGGGCCAGGGAGCACCGCGGGCAGGGUGGGGGUGUGUGUGUGUGGGUGUGUGGGUGUCCUCCGGGCGUCACGGCGAGGGACAGGCCCCGCUCCAGCUCCAGCAGCACUGUGCUCACGGUGGGAUCCACGCGGGAGCCCCUCCAGCAGAGCACGGGACGGGAGCUCCCAGAGCAGGGAACGGGAUGAGCCCCUUCCAACAUCCAAGCGCCGCUGGUACCGCGGGGUCCGGGAGCCCCCCGAGCGCUCCCCCGGCCCGGCCGAGCCCCCCCGGCCCGCAGAGCCCGCGGAGGGGCCGAGCGGGUUCCCCGGGCCGUGUUCGUGGCGUCCGUCGGUGUCCGUGUGUGUCCCAGCGAGUGCGUGCCGGGUGUGGGGUGUUCCCGGGGUCCGGGACCGUCAGUGUGAGGGGCUGCACGGGGAGAAACCCCCGGGGGGACGGGGCUGGGCUGGGGCUUCCUUCUGUUGUUGUUGAACUGUUCCUUUGGGUUCCAGGUUUGGAGGUUUUUCCGCGCGGGGGUGGGUGCGGGUCUGUUCCGGGUUCAUGGACAAGGUGAGGGCCUCGAUUAGGACCAAAUUUUCGUGCCUGUUGCUCUGGUGAUUUAUUUAGAAAUCAAAAAGUUCACUGUCUGGUGGCCCAUCCUUGUCACUAUACAUAGGAAUAUACAGGACAUAUUAUAAAUAUAUAUAUAUUAUACAUACUGUGUGGAGAGAGGUGCCCGUCCCCCCGCUCCGGCCGGGACGGACCCUCCUCCCUGUGCUGUAACGUAGCUUCGACCCCGCGCUGGGAGCGCCCCGGGAGCGCCCGCGCCCUCCAACACGGCACCGACACAAUAAAGGAAUGAGCAUCAUGGCCA